GUGAUGACAAACCUGAAACGUCAUAUAUGUGCGACGGACCAAACACACAUGUGGGUAGCAUGAUGGAUGUCGGAGUGUCCCCGGUUUUAGCUUUGCGGAAAUUUGGCUGCGAACAGAGUCUUCUGUCCCGACCCGAUGGCUCUUCUUCUUUUGUUCAAGGAGAUACAAGCGUUUUAGCGGGCGUUUAUGGACCAGCCGAAGUGAAAAUAAGCAAGGAGAUCUAUGAUCGAGCAACUCUGGAAGUCAUGAUCCAGCCUAAAGUUGGGCUGUCAGGUGUGCGGGAGAGAGCACAGGAGCACUGCGUCCGCCAGACCUGUGAAGCUGCCCUCAUGUCGACCCUCCAUCCGCGCUCAUCCCUCUCCCUCAUUCUUCAGAUCGUCCACGACGACGGCUCACUGCUCUCCUGCUGCCUGAAUGCCGCCUGCAUGGCCCUGAUGGACGCUGGGUUGCCUAUGUCCUGCCUGUUUUGUGGUGUGACGUGUGCCAUUGACCAGGAUGACCACAUUGUGACGGACCCCACUUCACAGCAAGAGAAGGAAAGCCGAGCCUUGAUGACCUUUGCUAUUGACAGCGCAGAACGUAAGGUGAUGAUGUCAUCGACAAGAGGAUCUUUUUCAGUUAAUGAGCUGCAGCAGUGUGUAGCACUCAGCCAGAGGGCAUCGGAGGAGAUCUUUCAGUUUUACAGAGACUCUGUCCGAAGACGGUAUUCCAAGACACUCUGAUUUAUUUUCCUCUCCAGCCCCUUUGCCUGUUUUUUCCGUGCUUGUUCAUUUCCUUUAAUAAAAUACCAUGCUGUAUAAGAA